AUGUUGAAAGAAAUCGCUGUCAUCGCAGGCGCCUUCGCCGCGCUGCAGGGCGUCUCGGCCGGGCCCAUGAACGCAAAGCGCGCCAACGUCAACGAGAUCGCCCACCGACUCCCGGAUAAGAAAGUCGUCGGCGACGCGUGCCACCCCCUGGGCGAGUACAAGCUUGGAGGCAACCAGCUCAUCCCGCCUUGCGUGUCGGAGCAGAUCCUCACGUCGCAGUGCGAGGGCGUGAGCGGCGUGAUGAACCCUGGCAGCGGGAAGGAGAACCAGGCUGCCUACAAGGACUGUCUGUUCGGCAAGGGCAGCACCUUUGAGAACGACCAGCAGGGCUGCCUGGAGUGCAAAAAGGCGCACAACCACCUCACGCCCGAGCAGGUUGAGUUUAUGCAGUCCCGAGUGAAAAAGGGCAACGAGGCCUUCAAGAGCGCGCCCGAGGGCCUCGUGUGGGACUCGACUCAGAAGUACAUCAACUGGGAUGAAUACAACAGACUGCCCAGCCCUCAGGAGAAGGACACGUCCAAGAAGAACUCCCCGGUCGAGGAGUACUACGUCAGCAAGCCAGAGGGCCCGCAGAACAUUGGCGCCUUCACCUUCAACGGCACCAAGUACCCCGUCAGCGACAACGACACCUCUGCCAGCGUACCUGAGCCCAUCACCCGCCCCGACCCGAUUCCGCAGCGUCAGGUCGCGCUGGUCCAGCAGGGCGCCAGCAUCAUGAAGGUGGCGGUGACCAUUGUAACCAAAGCCGUCCUGACCAUUCGGUCCAACACCAUCAUCUACGCCGCAAUCAGGGAGGUCCCUGAGGUCGUGCCAGAUGUUGCGCCUGUGGAUGCCACAAAGGAGGAGAAGCAGGCCUUGCCCGAGUGUGUCGCCUGCCAGAAGAAUUCCAGCAAAGCUAUCCAGGGAAGUGAGGUCACUUCCACGGUCACCGUCGCCUCGAAGGUGGAGUUGGAGGUUCUGUCCGUCGUCGAGAAGGAAGCCAAGGUGUCCAAGAUUGGUGCCGGCCAGCUGUCCAAGGAGGGCGUUGAUAAGGUGCGGAAAGAUGCCGCUGGGAUUAUCGGCACGAACCCCGUCGCCUCUGCAAGCACUGGCAAGGGCACGAAGGGCAAGUCCUGCAAGCCACGAACGACCCGCGCUUGA